AUGGAGUACCCUCCUCGCAAGAUAGCGAUAGCCAUCGAUUUGAGCGACGAAAGCGCCCACGCCGUACGAUGGGCUGUGCAGAAUUAUUUGCGCCCAGUGGACCAUGUGAUCAUCCUGCACGUGCGUCCGACGAGCCUGCUGUACGGCGCGGACUGGGGCGCAUGGGAGGCGACGGACGCGGCGAAGGCGGCGGACCGCGAGAUCAAGGAGCGCGCGGAGGAGGAGUUCGACGCGCUCACGCUGGCCAAGGCGCGCGAGCUGGCGGAGCCGCUGAAGGCGGCGGGAAUCCCGUUCCGCGUGCACAUCGUGAAGGACCACGACAUGAAGGAACGCAUCUGCCUCGAGGUGGAGCGUUUGGGGGUAAGCGCAUGCAUCAUGGGCAGCCGGGGAUUUGGAGCGCAUGGCCGAUCGAGGAAGUCGCGAUUGGGCAGCGUCAGCGACUACUGUGUGCACCACUGUGACUGUCCGGUGGUGGUCGUGAGGAUGCAUGAGGAGAAGCCCUGCUCAACUAUGGCCAUGGCCACGGUGGCUCGCCUCCCCUCUGCCAGCAUCCCCUUCGCGGCAGCGCGUUGCUCGGCUCACCGUCCUGGCCGCCGCGUUCGACUCGCGAUGACGGAUGCGUCGUUCUGUGGCCUGCGAGGCGUCCUAACUCACAACGUGACGCCGUCAGCCCUGCCACGUCGCCAGCCAAUCACUGUUGCUCAAGCCACUGCUGCCCUGCAUCGUGCCGAACCUGUCUCCACGCCUGAGGUGGAGGCGUUGCUGGACAGCAUCAAGUGGGACGACAAGGGGCUCGUGGUGGCCAUCGCUCAGCAUGCUGAUACUGGCGCCAUCCUCAUGCAGGGAUUUGCGAAUCGAGAUGCGGUGUCAGCCACUCUGGCUUCGGACCGCGCCACGUUCUUCAGCCGGUCACGGAAGUGCCUGUGGACCAAGGGCGAGACCUCAGGGCACUUUAUCAAUGUGCUUGACAUGUUCAUUGACUGUGAUCGGGACACGAUCAUCUACCUUGGUAUACCUGAUGGCCCCACUUGCCAUACAGGCACUGACACAUGCUUCUUCACGAAACUGGACCUGUCCAGUAAUCUAGACGCAAAGAACGAGUCUUCUUCUAGUGAGGAUGUUGCUUGUGCCCAAAGCACGCUUUUCCAACUAGAGGAAGUCAUUGCGUCCCGUAGACGGCAGAUGGAGCAGGAACAGCAGCAGCAGGAGGAGCAGAAACCAGGAGAAGCACGUGCAAAACCAUCGUGGACGGCGCGUUUGCUCUCAAACCACUCGCUUCUUUGCUCCAAAAUCAGGGAGGAGGCUGACGAGUUGUGCCAGACGUUGGAAGGGAAUGAGACAUGCGAAAGGACGGCUUCUGAGAUGGCAGACGUUCUUUACCACUCUAUGGUUCUGCUAGCUGUCAAGGGUGUCAAGAUGGAAGAUGUUGCUUCUCAGCUACGCGCCAGGUUCUCAAUCUCUCCGUUUCAGGUCGACUCUCGGGCUGUGAUCGGUACGUCCCACUCGGACCAUCCGUCGUUCCUUCUACCCGAUCUGCAGCCGUCCAAAUCCAUUGGCUCCUCCUUCCUCGUCGACGCGUCGAUGCAGUCAAGCGAUGGGGAUCACGCGCUUCCUCUUUCUCUCUCAACUAUCUCUCGACCUCCUCCAUCUUCCAAUGUUACGAUCGACGAGCAGCAGCAGCAGCAGCAGCAGCAGGUGGACCGGCGGCCGUGCCUCCAGGAGGUCGAUUUCUUUCGACCCCUCGCAGAACCUUCCGCUGACAGACCUUCCACCGCAUCGGUCGGUGCAUGCGAGUCGGCACCCGCCUUCCCGUCCUCUAGCACCGCCGCUGUGGGUCCCCUGGCUCGCCAAGGGAACCAUGAUAACGGUGAGCCAACGACCGGGCCUUGUGUCAAUUACUCAGUCGUAUCCGUAACUCCCCAGCCGCGCCUCCCCUCAGCACAGCAGAAACCGUUGUCCGCGGGCCGAUCCCCGUUAUUGGCGUCCUCGCUAGUGGCGUCGGUAGCCGAAUGGUCCAACGUGAUGAUGCCGCCGCCAGCGACAGCAGGACCCGCCAAGAGCCCUCUACCAGGCACCUCGCUCACCAACGAUCCGCAUAGACCCGUUACCGCCCUUCGCCGACCGGCGGGUAACCCGGUCGUCGAGAAGCCGCGCGGAGACACGGCGGCGCCGGAAAAGGGCGACGGGUCGGCCAAGAGGCCGCGAUGCGAGAGCCCGUCGCAUCAGCUGCUACCCAGCCUGAGCAGCAGCACGGCCUGCACCGCCAAUAUCCGCGAUAGUAGCCACCCCGCGAUUACACGAUCUGGCCGAUCCAUCCCGGCGUUACCCGUCCCAAGCAAGUUCUCAUCGGCGAAUCUCGUGCAGGAUAUUCAAAAAUCGGCGCGCGGAGACCUGUCGCUGGACCUUCCCCCGCCGUGUUGCUCCUGGAUGUGCAUCUACUUCUCCGUGCCGUGCCGCAAGAAACGCCGCCUCGCGCCGUCCUCUACCACCAGCGGAAGGACCAACAGCGUCAGCGCGGCUGUUAGCGGAAGCAUGAUCAGCGGCGGCGGCGAAAGCGGCGUGAUCAGGAGGCGGAGGGCGGCUCGCCCCGUCGCGCUUCCCGCGUCGAGCGGUAACAGUCUGUCGGUCGCGGCGGGGGCUCCGCGAAACCCGCCGCGGGGGCCGGCGGCGAGGGCGGCGAGCGUGAAGGAGGAGCGUGACGUAUGGGCGAGGGACGAUCAAUCCAAGGCCAGCGGUAGUAAAGGCGGUGCGCAUCCGGCGAGAUGCGACGGCGCGAACGAGAGUGCGAACGCCGGGGAUUCGUCGGUGCACGGAGGCCUAAAUACCGCGCUGGCGUCAGCGUUAGCUGCAGCAAGAGGCGGUUUGUCAGCAGCAGCAGGAGCCACGUCAGCAGGAGGGGAUGUCUCUGUAUUGUCAGUUGCGGGGCGCAAUCCGGUGGGAGCGGGGAGCCAGCUAGCAGGCACGUCGGCUUCAGAGCUGCUGGCGUCGUACGCCGCGUCUGGCUGUGCGUCGCCUGCCCUCCGCGCGUUCCUCGCGCUCUCCCCACAAUUGUCGUCUCUGCUCAUCCCGCCCCGCGCUCCCCCUUCCGCGUUGGAAGAUGCGGAUGGCAUUGCGACAAGGGAUGACAAGAAGCGAGGGUUUGGCCCACCUCCUCCUAAAGACAAGGCUGCAGGCUCGGGGUUUGUGAAUCUGACAGGUAGGGAGGACCUGAUGGCUGGUCGCAGGCAAUUCGACCUUGCCUUCUCUUCCUCCACGCCUCCCGAAGCCCUGCUGGCUCAGGCACGGGCCCGAGCCAAGGCACGGACCAUUGCUAAAUCUCAGGCUCGGAAAGCUGAGGUCAUUUGGCUACUGCGGGUUUGGAUGGCUGUUGCUUGGACUACUUACUGCUCUCUUGGUGCAUUUGCUGCCUUCAUAUGCCAUCAACCAGGCAAUCAGCUCCCUGCUUCAACUGCUACAAAGUGGUUCUCCAAGAUAUCGCUAGCUGGAUUCUAG